AUGGCUUCUGAAUUAAGCCGAGAAAGCUCUCAUAUUCAAGCUUAUUUAAGUAAAGAAAAUAGAACUAAUCAAUUAGAUACUUUAGCCAAUAAUUCCAUCCAAAUCACCCUCGAAGCCUUAAACCAAAAAGACUUAAUUAUUAAGGACUUACAGCAAAAACUAGCUAACUCUCAUUUGGCUAUCAAUGGUCCGGAAAUCGAAGAAAAAGAAGAGCAAGAAAAAGAAAAGGAGGCCAAAGAAUGCUAA